GAAGUUUGCGGAGCGGCGGCACCAACAUUCCCCCGAGUCAGCGCGGGGAGGACGGACAGACGGACACACCGUGCGGGGCUGCAGCCACCCAGGGACACCUGUGGGGUGAGCACCAGCCGCAGAGCAUCCCGUCCCCUCCGUGCCAGCCAUGUCCCUGGUGGCGAAGGAGAAGAGCCACGUCCGCUUGGUUUUCCUGGGAGCUGCCGGCGUGGGGAAGACAUCGCUCAUCCGCCGCUUCCUCAUGGACACCUUCGAGCCCAAGCACCGGCGCACGGUGGAGGAGCUGCACAGCAAGGAGUACGAGGUGUGUGGGGCCACGGUGAAGGUGGAGAUCCUGGACACCAGCGGCAGCUACUCCUUCCCGGCCAUGAGGAAGCUCUCCAUCCAGAACAGCGACGCCUUCGCCCUGGUCUACGCCGUGGAUGACGCCGAGUCCUUCGAGAGCGUCAAGAGCCUGCGGGAGGAGAUCCUGGAGGUGAAGGAGGACAAGUUCCCUCCCAUCGUGGUGGUGGGCAACAAGGCGGAGAGCGGUGGCGAGCGGCGGGUGCCGGUGGAGGACGCGCUGUCGCUGGUGGAGCUGGACUGGAACAGCCGCUUCGUGGAGACCUCGGCCAAGGACAACGAGAACGUGCUGGAGGUGUUCAGGGAGCUGCUGCAGCAGGCCAAGCUGCCCAGCAGGCUCAGCCCCGCGCUCUGCAAGAGGAGGGAGACGCUGCCCAAGGAGCAGGCGCUCAGGCCGCCCAUGAACAAGACCAACAGCUGCUCCGUGUGCUGAGCCGGGGAGGCACCGGCCGCAAACUCAGGUGGGCUGGCUGGGGACAGCCUCGGCCGAAACCUCCCCUGCUGCUCCCACCCCUUCCCUCCUCCUCCCCACCCAGCCCGCAGGAGCGCAGGGGCUCGGAGGUGACAGGGAGGAGGGAGCUGGAAGGGAUGCUGGUCACUGGAUGGGUGUGGGGAGAGGGGCAAUUCCCAAAAAACCUGUGGGGGAGCUGGCAGGGGGGACAAACGCCAGGACUCUGCAGAUGUGGGCACCUGCAGCUGUCCCAGGACACUCAGGUCCGGUGUCCCCUCGUCCCAAGCACCUGGAACCUCCUGGCACGGCUCUGGCACCCACAGCACAUCCAGUGUCCGAGCAGUCCUGAGCCUGUCCCUGGUGUAGAGCAUGUGAUGGGAUGGUCUGUGCAUCACUUUGGUUUUCUCUUGUCUCUGUUUGGUUUUUUUUAAGCGUUCCCAAUAAAUAAAUUGUAGCAAA